CUUCAAUCGCAUUGCACGCCCUCGCAGCAACUCAUCCAGCGCAAACCUCACAGCGGAUGGAAUUGAUUCAUACUUGGCAGAUUGAAGUUCUCCGAGUAUAACGUCCCUCAACAGCCAAUAUGUCCUACUCUUCACGACCCCUUCCAUCGCAUAUUCGACAAGCUUCGACUUCUGGUAAUUCUACAUCAAAUGGACAAUCCCCGAUCCUGCUUGCACGAAUAAAUGAGAAAAAGGCAGAGUUAGAAAAUCUCAAGCAAUUGAGAGAUCUUAGUGCUGGCUUGGCAGGACAGAUGCAAAUGCUGGAGGAAAAACUCUCUACACUAUCAGACGGCACAGAAGCUGUUGCGACUGUUUUGGGAAACUGGCAUAAUGUUCUCCGAGCCAUCAGCAUGGCCUCAAUGAAAAUUCCAAAGCCCAAAGAAAAUUCCGAGGAUGCUGAGCCGAAGAAUGAUGAGACAACCAGCGAUCCAGCAAUGCCACUACCUCAAACAUUGGUCAGAAUACCGACUGAGCAUGCUCCGAUGCUUCAGCAGAACAGUACAGGCGGAGGAGCCAGCGCCGAGUAAUUUAAGAUGCAGGAGGGGGGAAAGAACUCAGAAUUGGCAGGCAGUGGAGAGGAGAGCAUCACGACGGCGUUAUUUGGCACAUAGAUGGUGGUCUACUGGGUUAUGUUUACAGGAAUACUUUGAUACCCUCGAAAUGAUUGAUGACGGUCACCUAGCUAGGUUAAGAAAACUGAAUUGAGAAAACGGACAUUGGGCGAGUAACAUGGGUCUCCCCGGAGUAUUGCGCACUCGAUUAUGUUUUGCUUUCAUCCCAUAUCUGAG